UCUCUAGGCUAGAAGCUUCUGUCUCUUGGCUCUCUGCCCUCCGGAGUUCUCCUAGGGUCUGUCCCAACUCUUCUCUGUUGUCUCUUGAGGCUGGCACUGGGCUUCUGUUCUAGUUUUGCUGGGCUGAGGGUGGGGUUGGAUUCCCAGCACAGCUGGGCCCUUAGGCUUCCCAGAACCCUGCCCCACCCUCCCAGCACCACAUUGUCACUCCGGGCUGUUUUUUCCUGUCCAGGACCCUCCAAGGCCAGGCCAGGCAGGGUUGACUGGAAACAAGUGGGCCCAGGCUUCUCCACCUGGAUAAACUGAGUCAAGAGGGCGCGGGGGGGGGGGGGGUUCCUUUUUCCUUCACCAACUCUGCUUGGAGCUUGGGUGUGGGGAGUUGCUCUCCAGGAUGUUGCCAGCCGGACUUACCCAGUUAACAGAGAUGGAACUUCCUUCUCAUAGCUCCCCAUUUUGCCUCACUGUGGUCGGGGACUCUAUACCAGCCCUUCCACUGCAUGUCAUUCAGAAUCGCUCUCCCCACCCCUGCUGUCCACCCCCCCUGGAUGGCCAGGGCAUUUUAACAAUUUCUACCGCCCUGGCUACACGUGCUUAGGUGCAGCAGGUGCCCCAGACCUGCAGAUAUGGCCCCUGUUACACUAAGUCCUUUUCCCGGGUUAUGCCAGGGCCAGACGCCUCUUUUCCACUUGUCCCACGUUGCUGGUCUUCUGCUCUGCAAUUCCGCCCAUUUUCUAGGAUCCUUCCGCUGCGUGCAUUAGGCAGCUCCUUGAAGGUGAUGAGAGAGAAGUCGAUUCCCACCCACCUCCGUUUUCCAGGAAUUGCAUGCCGCUGUCACUAUUUGCAGGUGUCAGCUGCCCCGCCCCACUUUCCUGGCGUAUUAAGAGGGUCUAAGGGGCGUAGCAUGGCUCUGCACACUCAGGGAUCCGGUGGAGUCCUGCCCCUCUAGCGCGGGGUGCCACUUGGCUUUAGUCUUCUGGGAAGUGGGGACCCGCCCUGAUUUCACACUCUACAGUGGGCGCUCGGGAAGGGGCCUCCACGCCGCUUACUCCACAGUUUACCAGACUUUGACCUGCUCACCACCGCGAUGUCCGCCCACAUCCUCAUGCUGUUGCUCCUCACCUCCGCUCUAGGGGACUCGGCCUCCGCAGGCAGGCGGCUCUGGCACCUGGUACCCCAGCACCGCGGCCACCUCUGCUCCCUGGGCACAUGUCAGACGCACCGCCUGCCGGAGAUUAUAUACUGGCUGCGCUCUGCCUCCACCAAGGAGUCCUCGGGGAAGGCUGGCCGCAAGCCCCAGGACCCCCAUAGCUAUGGGCGCCGCCGGCGCGAGGCAGGAGCCCUCCUGCUUCAUCCCCAGGACCCAGGCCGUCAGCAAGGGGGCCAGGACAGUGCCCAGCUUAUGGGGUGACCUCAGCACUUCUCUGCUCCUGCCCUGGCUUCAGUGUGUCCGCCUGUGUAGGAAGGCUACUAUCCCCAAGUUUCUUCUCCCCUUGGGGUCGUCUUCCCCAGCCUCUCUCCAGACUGCGACUGGGCUGUACCCAGAACCAGCCUAGACAGAACACUAACGUCCAGAGCUUAAUAAACCAAAGAGUUUCAUGUUUGU